UCGCAUGUUGAAUACUAGCUACUUGGAUGGUCAUUGUUGGGGGUUAGAGAUCGCUGAACUUUCACAAAGAAUUGCUUUUUCCAAGGUCUUAAUUUUAGUGUAUUUUAAUUCAUUAAGGGCAAUAACCCAGAAAUCAUCCAGAACACUAAUUUUUGUCGAUUGAUGCGUAAAUGGAAACUUUUCAGAUUCUUCAACACAUUACAGAGGACUCCAUAGAUAAAAUUAUUGCUGGUGAAGUUGUUCUAGGAACGUUGCCAAAGGUUUCCCAGGCUCUAUUUUUAAAUGACCAUAGUAAACAAUCAAAUCUCUCUGUGCUUCCAGAACCUGUUGAGUCAAAAUAUCAACACCUUCGGGGAAUUCAGCAUCAAAAGGUGAAACUGCUUGAAAAUGGUUAUCAACGAUAAAAUGGCUUUAAGCCAAAAGACAUUCUUUGUAAGACCUUGGGUUUCAGUGUUGCUUGAGCAAAUCACUGAGAUGUGUCUAUCACUGAAGGACUUGGUACCAAAGGAGCAAAAUCUAUGUGUCCUAUUACAGUAUAUCACAAGCAUGACCAAUUCUUUCACUCCAUUGGAAACUCUUUUAGUUUUAGAUUAGAUGGGAUGCUCAGUGAUGGCAAUGACAGAGGAAUAUCAAAAAUUCUAUUCCAGCAAUUAAUGCCCAUAUUCACACUCAGUUAUAUGAUAUGGGAUUUUGCAACUGGCCCUUUAAGAAUGAAUGACAGUAUAUAGUUAAUAUCAGAAACUCACAAUCCACUCCUUAUAGGAUGGUAUGUCCACAAUUGUUCAGACACCAGAACCACUAAUGUCUACUAUCAGGAAUUUGAUGUGCCCAUAGUUUCCCCUAGAGAACUGAAGCAAAUUUCCCAAACACAGCCUGCAGCAGCAAUGAAGGUCUGCCUUUUUAAAUCAGCAUGCCCAGUCUUUGUUAGACUACACUUGAACAAGAGUUAA